UAACACACAAGUCUUGGAAGCUACUGAUCUAUUGCUUGAAAUUGAACCAGCAAAGCCCUCCACCUCUCUCAUCCUCUUCUUCCCCCAAAAACCCUAGAAAAUGUCCUCUUCCACUCCUCUCCGUCAUCUUCGCCACCUUAGCACCACCGCCAAUUCCUCUUCAAUGUCCAUUUCCAGAGCAAAAUCGAAACUUCGGACCGAGUAUGACCCUGACAAAGCCCUGGAAAUAUACUCAUCCGUUUCGAAAAACUAUUCCUCUCCCACCUCCUCCCGCUAUGCUCAGGACCUCACCGUCCGCCGGCUCGCGAAGUCCCACCGCUUCUCCGACAUAGAGUCCCUCAUAGAGUCCCACAAGAAAGACCCCAAGAUCAAGGAAGAGCCCUAUUUGUCCACUUUGAUUCGAUCCUACGGCCGAGCUGGCAUGUUCGACCACGCCUUGAAAACCUUCGAUCAAAUGGACGACUUGGGUACUCCGAGAUCGGCGGUUUCCUUCAACGCCUUGCUAUCUGCGUGCAAUCAUUCGAAGAUGUUCAACAAGGUCCCCCAACUGUUCGAAGAAAUUCCCAGGAAAUACAAUGUGUCGCCGGAUAAGGUUUCGUAUGGGAUUUUGGUCAAGUCGUACUGCGAAGCAGGUUCGCCCGAGACGGCGGUUGGGGUUUUCAAGGAGAUGGAGGAGAAGGGGGUGGAGAUAACGGCAGUGACGUUUACGACCAUACUGGGCGCUUUAUACAAGAAGGGGAAGAGCGAGGAGGCCGAGAAAUAUUGGAAUGAGAUGGUAAAAAAAGGCUGUGAGAUCGAUGUUGCUGCAUAUAAUGUGAGGAUUAUGUGUGCGCAAGGUGGUGAGCCGGAGAAUGUGAUGGCAUUGAUCAAUGAGAUGAGUAAUGCGGGGCUUAAGCCCGAUACAAUAAGUUAUAACUACUUGAUGACUUGUUAUCUUAAAAAUGGGAUGAUGGAUGAGGCGAAGGCGGUUUAUGAGGGGUUGGAGGGAAAUGGGUGCAAUCCAAAUGCUGCAACUUUUAGGAUCUUGAUAUAUUAUUUGUGUAGGAAUGGGGAUUAUGAGAAGGGGUACAAGGUUUUUAAGGAGAGUGUGAAGGUGCAUAAGAUUCCUGAUUUUGUCACGAUGAGGAAUUUGGUGGAAGGGUUGGUGAAGAAGAAGAAGAUGAAGGCGGCGAAAGGAUUGAUCCGGACUAUUAAGAAAAAGUUUCCCCCGAAUGUUGUUAAUGCAUGGACAAAGGUUGAGGAAGAACUUGGUUUGACUUCUGUGGAUGCUGAUUCUGUUGAGGACCAAGAGGCCGCAGCAUAAGGAUUUAUGGCAUGUUUUUAUGUGUUGGUCCUUCGAGCUGGAUGUGUUUGUAGCUUGAUCUGUAGCUGCAAAGGAUUCAAUAUUUAUUGAAUGUUGAGUUGGUGGGACAAGCGAUGCAAAUUUGAUUUGGAGCUUGUUACACUAAGCUGUUUUGAGCUGCCAAGAAGUGUUGAAGCUUCAAUACAGUUAAAAAUGUUUAGUGAUUGUGUUUCUUCCCCUUAGUUUUAGCAAAUAAUUCGUAAAAUCAAGUUCUUGUUUUCCUUCCUGCUGCUUAAUUAAGUUCGGCUAUUGUUUUUUUCAUGGCAAUGAGCUUCUCAAGGCAUUCCGUUAGAUGGUGGCCAUAACUUACUCCUCCUGGCCUGUAUCCUUGCUUGUUUCUUCUUGUUACCCUUGCGCAUCCUGCUUUGCCAUGUCAAAGGUAGGGCCUUUCAACGCAGUAAUCUGUCUUCAAAUCUGGACAAGCUUGUUUCUGUAACAAGAUUCCUCAAUUAUAGCUGGGAAAAGGCUGGUAAUUUUCAUUCUGCUAUUCUGUAUGGCAUCUUACAUUUCGAGCAACUGUACUUGAAUAUUUAGUUUA